AUGCUCGAUCCACUUCUUUGUAGGAAUCAGAAUGGAUUUAGAAGGGGCCGGUCAACAACUGCUCAAAUCCUCUCCAUCCGUCGCAUACUGGAAGAAAUGAAAAUGUUUAACAAGAGUGUCACAGUCUGUUUUGUCGACUUUCGCAAAGCAUUUGAUUCCAUCAGCAGAGAUCUUAUGUUUAAAAUCCUUGCAAUAUAUGGUAUUCCUCCCAGGAUUGUUGAUGUUAUCAGAGGGAUGUACGCAAACACCACAACCACAGUUAUAUCUCCUGGUGGAGAGACUGAUUUCUUUGAAGUUGUAGCAGGUAUUCUGCGGGGUAACACACUCACUCCUUUCUCGUUCAUCACUAACUAUGUUCUACGCCUUUCCCUAGACGGUACGGAGGAAAAGGGACUCCUUCUGAAACCCCGCCAGAGUAGUCGGCAUUAUGCACAAUAUUUAACUGAUCUUGACUUUGUUGACGAUCUUGCUUUGAUAUUCCAUUGUAUUAAAGAUGCAGAAUAUUUGUUACAAGCACUGGAGAAAGCAGCAAACCAGGUCGGCCUUUACUGA